UUUGAGUUGGAUGCUGCGCGAGAUUUGUGUCGGCGAAACAAACAUGUCGGCGUUCAAGAGAAAACGUGGAGGACAGGCGCCUGGUAAUAAAAAGGCAAAAAAAGCCAAAUUUGUAGCAGACAGAGGUGAAGCCCCGGUAGAAGCUGAACAGCAGAACACAAAUGAAAUCACAAUUCCAGCACCGGUUUCUUCGGGUAAAUGGAAAAACAAGGAAAGGGUUCUCAUUUUCUCCUCAAGGGGCAUCAACUACAGAACAAGACACUUGAUGCAAGACCUGAGGACCUUGAUGCCUCAUUCAAAAGCAGAUACAAAAAUGGACAGAAAGGACAAGUUGUUUAUUGUUAAUGAGGUGUGUGAGAUCAAAAACUGCAACAAAUGCCUCUUUUUCGAGGCCAAAAAGAAGCAGGACCUCUAUAUGUGGAUUGCAAACAGCCCUCAUGGACCUUCUGCAAAGUUUUUGGUUCAAAACAUUCACACACUGGCUGAACUCAAGAUGACCGGAAACUGCCUCAAAGGAUCCAGGCCGCUGCUUUCAUUCGAUCCUAAAUUUGACCAGGAACCCCACUUUGCUUUACUGAAGGAGCUCUUCACCCAGACAUUUUCCACCCCACGCUACCACCCUAAGAGUCAGCCUUUUGUGGACCACGUCUUCACAUUCACCAUUGCAGACAACAGGAUAUGGUUCAGAAACUACCAGAUCAUGGAGGAGGAUGCAGCUCUAGUGGAGGUCGGCCCUCGCUUUGUUCUCAACCUCAUCAAGAUCUUUCAGGGGAGCUUUGGAGGGCCUACACUCUUUGAAAACUCAGACUUCCAGUCUCCUAACAUGCACCGGCGUGAGAUCCGACUGGCGGCAGCAGCCAGAGUACGUGAGAAGCAGAUGGUGAAGGAGUUGCAGAAAAUGAAGAGGACAGAAGCGAAGGAGGAAGUGGCUAAAGACGUUACAGAUGACGUCUUCUUAACACCAGCUGACGAGAUGCCUGUUCAGAUCCAGAUAGAAGCGCCUGAGCCAAAGGAAGUGAAGAAGAAGCACAAACCUUUCAAAAGGCAAAGGCUGGCACGCAGAUAACCGGAUGGACUACGCUGAGUGAAUGACUUACUGCUGUCGUGAUUCAAUGUUGUCUCAAGAAAAUGUGGUUACGCCAGCGUGCAGUCAGGUCUAAAGUCUGAUGAGCUUUCUGUCCGUUACACGACUUGAUGUGCAACAUGUCAUUUUAACAUGACAGUAUGAGAGAAAAUCUUAAAUGUGCACAAUGUGUUUAAUAUAUGUUGCCAUUUUAUGGAUUUACACAAUAUAUAUUAUACUCCCUCCCUCAGAAGGAUUGUGCAGAUUGUUGUUGGCCAUUAAGGUUUCAGCUUCUACAAUACGGCAAUCAAUAUUUGCCCAUCCCUUUUUGAUAAAAAGUAAAUAUUCCAUCAGUGUAAAAAAACCUUGUUUAUUGAUUGCGUGACUAAAGUUGUUUUCUGUCAUUGAAAUAAAACGAUUCAAAAUGA